AUGGCACCAGCCUCAGCUCGCCGAAACGACUCGUUUUCCGCGGCCCAGCAGCUGGCCCAGUCAAUCUCGUCCACCGAAACGCCUGAAGCUGCCGUCACGGAAGGAGCGCAGCUGGAAGAAGGCCCGAAUCUCUUCGACUCGGCCCAGCCCACUGAGCACGCGCCAGUCUCAAUCCUCGAAGCGGCCACGAAAAUUGCUCGCGACAAAACGGCAGCCCAUAACGCCAAGCUGGCAGUCUUACGGGUCUUUAGCGAAUCAUUCGAACAAGCAGCAAAGCAGUUCACGUCUGGCACCGAAAACAGCAUCGCCAAGCAAGUCGCCACCAAAUUUCUCAAAUUCUGGACUCAAUCGCUUGCCGAACUCGAAGAACCACCGAAGCCCACGUACAGCAGCGUUCUCGCAUCCGGCAAGCCGAAGCAAGGACAGCUGGCCUUUACAGCCUCCGCCCCACCACAGCGAAAACCACAGACCACCACUCGUCUGCCAGGACGACCGCCCGUAGCCCCACCGAAGGAAGACCUCCGUGUCUUCGUCCGACUUGACGCUGACGCUCCGGCCCGAAACCACGAAAGAUACGCAAUCCGGACCCACAUCGCCGCUAGAGUCGGUAUUGACCUGCGCCGCAUUCCGGCAGCCUUCCCGGUAAACACGGGCUGGGCCAUCCAGGCAUCGGAUGUGGCCACGCGUGACUUACUUGUGCAACGGCAGGCGGAGUGGGCUGCAGACCUGGAAGCCGCGGCCGUAGAGAUAAGCCAGAAAUGGCAUUCGUACGUGGUAGCCGAUUGUCCUCGUAGGCUCACAGACCUACGAGGUGUCGUGAUCAACUACGAGGAGGCGGUCAAAGAAGAGAUUGCCUGCCAAACCGGACUGAAGCCCAUCAGCAUACGUCUAUCGCGACACGACUCGGGUGAUAUGCCCACCCAGACCCUGAUUGUGUCCUUCCUGGAACCCACACGAAGACCCUGGAGACUUUUCGGCGCCAGCCGUCUCGCCCGUUACAUUGACAAACCCAGCAUCCCUAGCCAAUGCGACAAAUGCUGGGAUUUCCACGCUCGCCACAGCUGCGACCGGAUGGCGCGCUGCAGACGUUGCGGCAAGACCAACCAUCGUAGCCAAGAGUGCGCAGCCCUAGAGCAGUGCGCAAACUGCCUCGGGCCACAUUGCGCUGACGAUCCUAAAUGCCCUGCCCGCCCCAAGCGCGUUCAUGGCAUUGUACGGCGCCUGACGAAAGAGGAGAAGGGUCUGGUGAGGCAGGCGGGAGCUCAGCUCUUCGCGCAGCAGAAAAGACAGACACCAAACCACAACGUGCCCGAGCAGUCUUGUCAGAGCCCUGAUUCGACCAACGUGGGCAAGAUCCCUCCGGCGCAUGACACUGCGCUCGCGCUGGCUGAUUCGGAGCGAUACGACAUUAUCCUGCUGCAGGAACCAUGGACAGGACUUAAAGACGGCCGAUGCCUCACCAAGACGCAUCCGGCCUACGACACAUUCUCACCCGUCACCGACUGGGACGGCCGCGACACUCGUCCGAGAGUCAUGACAUACGUCCGGCGCUCCGCAGGCCUCGUCGCUGAUCAAAAGAGACCUCCGGACUACGACGCGGCUUUGGAAAUACUGCUUGGCUGGUGCGCGACGGAUAAAUGCCUUGUAUCUGGCGACUUCAACGCCAAGCAUCCCAGCUGGCAGGCCGGUCGACAAGAGCACCGCGGUGAAGACAUCGCGUUCUGGGCCAUGGAUAACCGACUCAGCUUAUUGAAUGCUGUCGAUGUCCCGACUAACGCGCGCGGCAGCACGAUCGAUCUCGCCUUCUCCAAUAUACCUUUGGCGGACGCGUCAAGCCCUAGCACCCUUCCAUUAUGCAAGAUCCGCCUCAACUCCGAUGAGGAAUUGAAGCGAUUUGUCGAGCUGGUAGAAGCCGGUGCAGCUUUCAUCCCGACUACAACCUCAACUCCCUCCGAGCUGGACAACUUUGCGUCGGCGCUGGUGGACCUUCUUGGUUGUGCAGCGAGAGCUGCGGGCCGACCCGUCCGUAAGAUGACGCAUGGGGCGCGGUGGUGGAACGAAGAGUGCGCAAAGGCGGCGGCCAAUUAUCGCGCGUGGAGGAGGGUGUAUCCUCUCGGCUUCGACCGAGAAGUGCAGCUAGCCAAGCGGGAGCUUCACAAUGCAGUGCGCCGAGCAAAACGCCUUUACUGGCGUGACUUGAUCGACAGCUUUGCCGACGGCGACUCCGUCUUUCGGGCGGUCCGCUGGCUAAAAUCCUCAGGGCCGUGCCAGGCACCUCCUGCAAGUAGACGGCCGAGUGUACGAGACGCAGCUGGAGAAAGCCACCGCCUUGCGGCGAGCAACCUGGAGCGGCGCACAGCGAGCGACGACAUCCCAGACCCGUGGAUUCCCGCUCGCGACGCCACUCUACGCACCGGGAACACGUCUCCAGGCUCGGACAACAUCACGGUGCGGAUGCUUCGCGCUGUCUGGCAUGCAAUCGGCAGUCUCGUCCAUCAGCUGUAUCAAGGCUGCCUCACCAUUGGUCACCAUCCGAAACCUUUUCGGGAGGCAGAAGUGGUUAUGAUCGCCAAGCUAGGACGCAGAGAUCUGUCUACACCCCGCGCCUGGCGCCCCAUCUCCCUUUUGUCUUGUCUCGGCAAGGGCCUCGAGCGGCUCAUUGCACGGCGUCUAGCGUGGGGCUCAAUCCACUUCGGCGUACUACACCCACAACAAGCCGGCGCGCUCCCGAAGAGGUCGGCCGUGGAUCUCGUAGCUGCCUUGGUUCACGACAUCGAGGAGGCAUUCGCCCGGAAGCAAGUCGCAACCCUGGUGACCUUGGAUAUACAAGGCGCCUUCGAUACAGUUAUCUGCAAUAGAUUGGUCCUCCGCUUACGAGAACAAGGAUGGCCAUCGAACCUCGCGCGCUGGGCCGGCUCGUUCAUGCAGGACAGAUCGGCACGCAUCCGCUAUCAAGACAUCGUGACGGAUUCAUCGCCCUCCAGUGCGGGACGCUUCGGCUACGCGGACGACACUGCCAUUCUAUGCCUUCUUUCGUGGGGCGCCGCUAACGGGAUCUCUUUCGACCCCGACAAGACAGAAGUGAUGCACUUCUCUCGAACGAAGCCCAAGACGGCGCCGCCGGUGCUCCACGGCGAGUUUGAGAAACGGCCGGAUCGAGCGAUGCGUUGGCUCGGCGUUUGGCUCGACAGCUCUCUCUCUUUCAAGACACACGUCGAGAAAUGGACGGCCAAGGCGCAAGCUGUUGCCUUUCAUCUUAGGAGACUGACGAACACGAAACAUGGCCCUCUGCCGAGUGCUAUGCGACGAGCCGUCUGCGCUUGCGUCAUCCCCGUGCUACUGUACGCGGCGGAGGCCUGGUACCCUGGUCCGAAAAGCCCGCGCUGGACGAAGCCUUCCAAGGAGGGGCCGUCGGGGAUUGGCAACCUCGUCAAGAAGAUGAGCAAGGCACUCUACACGUCUCUUCGGGCUAUUCUGCCAGUGUGGAGGACGACACCGACGAACGUGCUGCACACGAGGCGGGAAUACCGCCCGUUCCUCUACUCCUCGAAGGGCGUCGGACGGCCUUUGCUGCGCGCCUUAAAGCUCUCGACGAAGCUCACCCGCUCGUCCAGCGCACGUCGCGACCAAAAGCUCCCACUGCGGCGAGCCGACGAAAUGCUAUCGAGCUGCCCGAGACCUGCUUUACUGCAGCGCGGAUUUGCCGAAGAGCAGACUGCGCCUCUGCAGAGUGCAUCGAAACACGAGACGGCGAAAAAAUUUCGCGACUGGCUUCAGGCACUAUCGCCCCGAACUCUUGUCGUCUACUCCGACGGGUCUCGUUCUGAGGAAGGCCACAUCGGAUACGGCUAUGCUGUUCACCGGGACGGAUCCACCGUCUUGAGCGGCAAGGGCCGUCUUGGAACAGCUGAGGUUUUCGACGCUGAGGCGAAAGGUGCAUUGGAGGUUGAAGGCAGCGGUGAGCCUUCCAGAAACUGA